CGGACAGUCCUGAAAGGCGCGCUGACAGCUCGCAGGCAGCUCACUCGGGCUUCAGAGCACAGACGUCGGAUCUUCUCAGAACGUGCGCAGCCUUCACGCGCUGUUACCUGCGCUGACAGAGCAGCGACGGUAGAACGUUUCACCACCGCGAACAGACCUCCAGUCCUCACAGAAACACGGGAGAUAAUUCUGGCUUUAUUGAGCGAUUUAGACACAGAAGCUAUAAAACGCAGCGAGGAAGACUUCUGAAAAAAUGCUGCUCGGUUGGUGGCAAUUACUGGGCGGUCACUAGGUCGCAGCUGUCUGUCAAGGCUAACAUGGAAAGAGAGGGCUCAUUCCGGAGGAGUCUCCACAGCAAACUGAGGUUGGGCAGCAGCUCAUCCUCCAGUCUGACUGACCUCUCGCAGGCAAAAAUCCCAGCAGGGGGAGGUGGGGAGAAGGGGGGGACAGCUGGGGGGCUGGCAGAGGAGUGCAGCAAGGACAAAGGGACCCAGCAGAGGAGGGCUGGGGCCAACGCCACCUGGAACAGCAUCCACAAUGCAGUGAUCUCUGUUUUCCAGAGGAAGGAUCUGGGAGAAAAUGAACUCUACACUCUGAAUGAAGGUGUCAGGCAGCUGCUGAAGACGGAGCUGGGCUCCUUCUUCACUGAAUACCUUCAGAACCAGCUGCUCACUAAAGGCAUGGUCAUACUGAGAGACAAGAUCCGCUUCUAUGAAGGUCAGAAGCUGUUGGACUCUCUGGCUGACACAUGGGAUUUCUUCUUCUGUGAUGUUCUGUCCAUGCUGCAGGCCAUUUUCUAUCCUGUACAGGGAAAGGAGCCAUCAGUGCGUCAGCUGGCUCUGCUCCACUUCAGGAACAUCAUUACCCUAAACCUGAAACUGGAUGAGGCUCUCUCUCGACCCCGAGCCAGAGUUCCUCCUUCUAUCAUACAGAUGCUGCUAAUACUACAGGGUGUCCACGAAUCUAAAGGUGCAACAGACGACUACCUGCGUCUGGAGUCUCUUAUCCAGAAGGUGGUCUCUCCCUACCUCGGGACUCAUGGUUUAUAUUCCAGAGAUGGAUCCUCCAAUCUGCACUGCUCCUCCUGCCUAUUAGAAAAGCGUUUGCAGCGCUCCUGGCCCUCCAAACCAGGCAACUCCCCCAUUGCCAAAAAUCCAGUGGUACGGUCGAAAAGCUACAAUGUCCCUAUGUUGACCCCUGUGGUGGAAUAUGACAUGGACUCCUCCAUAGGAGGUGGCACAGGUAUCAGACGACACUCCGUCUGUGAGAUGACUUCCUGUGUGGAGGAGAGCGGCUCUGUGGUCGAAUCCACCACCAACGCAACCGGUACCACCAGCACAUCCAUCCUCGCCAACCACUCCCCAGCUUCCACAGAAUCUGCUGCACUUUCAGACACUGUGACCUCCAGCCAGGGACCCCAGCCCAGAGUUGCUGACAGUCCCGCGGGCUCCCACCUUCUCCAGCCACACCAUCACUCCCCAGGCAUCCUCCCUGAACCUUCCCCAGGUGAGGACACACACGGCAGAGGAUUGCUGGCGUGGGACUCCCCCACGUUUUCCGGAGUGCUGGCUCAGGACACGAGCUCGGGUCCCAGUCCGUCAUCCAGUCCGGAGAUCAUGAUGGAUCACGUCCUGGAGUCUUUGGACUCAGAGCCAGAGCAAGAUGGCAUCUUUGUGGACUUCUCACAAAGUUGUUCUGGAGGGUCAACACACAGCAGAGACAGCAGCAGGCAGAGUGUGGCGUGACACACACAAACAUUUAUCUAAGGAGACACGCAUGUGAAAACAAUGCUGAGCCAUUACUGACAUUCCUUACACCCUGUGAUGCCCCCUGCUGUUUUCUGACAUUUCAUCAGGGAUUCUGUCAAACUGAAUUAUUUUUCUAUGUAAUGUUUUCUAUUUCUAAAAACGAGUCCAUACUCAUGAUGACCAGUAAAUAUUUCAAUUUGGCACUUUUUGAGAUGUUUGCCCACACCUGGAAACAUCAGCACCGGCCUCUCUGGGAAGCUACAAUCACACUGAUCACUUGACUUUCAAACUAAACUAUAACUCAAACUAUUGUAAUGUAGACAACAGUGGUUGUUUCAUAAGUGAUUUUCCCCUUUGCUAUGGCUAUUGAAUUCCUUGGGCUAUUGAAGCAUUUAACAUUUCAAUUACAAAACAAACUUUCCAAUAACUUGACAUAUCUAUAUUGUUGGUUGAACCUUUUAUUACUUGAUUUUUAAGAUAUUGUAUUAAAUAUGUAUUUUGCACUUUUUA